UCCACGAAAUGCAACAGAGCAACGUUGUGUCAACGAAUGGGCAACACUUUUGUGAUUCAGUGUGUUUGUUGUUGAUGCGUAUCUCAGCAACAAAAUUAAAUUUUUUGAAGCUGUUCUUUGCGCAGUGCUUGAUCCUCCAACCAUAUUUGAUUUCGUGACGUCACAGAACAAGGCUUCAAAAUGAAUUACGGCCGAAAGACGCCCUCAACCUAUCGAUCGAAUCCCUCGAUGUAUUCCCAUGCCACGGGGAGAUCCUCUACAAAUUUGCAUUCGAAGAUGUCGCGCUCCACACGCAGCGUUCGCAUUCCAUGGUACCAGAGGCCUCUCCUGAAGAACAACCAAUACAUUGACAUACAAAAGGGUGCCAUGCUAAUUGGCCUAUUCGCUGUGUUUCUUUCGCUCUUCACCAUUGCCACCACCAUCUUUGACAUUUACUGCUAUGCGAUGGCGGCCCCCGGAUCGACACAUUACGGUUACUAUAUUAUAUCAUACGAGUUUGUGUAUGUUGGAAAUAAGCACGUUCGCAACAUGUUGAUCGUAUUUGCCCUGUUCUCGCUGAUUAUGGCGCUCGUGAACUUUGUCACCAGCGUCCUACUGUGCGUGGCCUUGCGGAAGGAGUACGAGAGAAAAGUGAUGCCCUGGCUGUGGACCUUUGCCAUUUUCACCGUUUGGCGCGCCUUGGCUCUCAUCUUCUUUGCCAUUGUCAAUGACUUGUACUUUGCCUACAACAUAUUAAUGGUGCUGCUUUGGAGCAUCUUCUGUUUGGUUUCCAUUUAUGGCUGGGCCGUUGUCUAUUCGCUGUUCCUAGAGCUGGUGGACCUCACAAAGUUGGAAGAUUUGGCGCACUUGCGUAUGGGCACUAUGGCUUCACUGCACGCAUCCACAGCCAACUCGCUGGCUGGCUCCCGUCCGACAACACCCCACAGCACUGUGUCUACAAUGCCAGUGGGCUAGUGUGGUGGGUGUUUCAAUCACAUGCAAAGCUCAAUAAUCCCGUCCACUGGAAUCCUUCUCAGCCAAGGCUAGGCUAGGCAAGGCAAACCAAACGCGCUUUAUUUGUAAACAUUCCAUAUUCACCAGUUCUGUGCCUUAGAUGCGUUCAAAUAAUGUCUAGUACAUAUCAAAACAAGAAUUGCGAUUGCAAAUUUUUAUACAUAUAUGAAGAAUCUAACUAGUAUUUAAGCCUCAUUCCGUCCACUUACGAACACACAUACAUACACACAUGGAGGUGCAUGUUAAUUUAAACGAAUAUUUUUGUUAUUGAUGAAAUCUCUGUCUCAAUAUGUGUUUACCUGACUUAUUUUUAUACACAUCCACCGUCCUGUGUAACAAUAU